AGAGGGGGAGAGAGAGAGACCCACCUAGCCUUCUGUAUUCUACCCAUAUACAUCAGUUUAUUCUAUACUAUUCUAUUCUUCGAAUCCAAUUCGUCAUCAGUCUUUUUGCUCUCAGACAUUUCGUCGAACACCUCUACAGAGAGAGAGAGAGAGAGAGAACUCAGCAAUGUCUCUGCGACCCAAUUCUCGCACAGAGGUCCGCAAGAAGUCCUACAAAACUGGCGUCGAUGGCGACGAAGCUCGGCGUCGGAGAGAGGACAAUCUGGUGGAGAUCAGGAAGAACAAGCGCGAGGACAAUCUCUUGAAGAAGCGAAGAGAAGGUCUUCUUCUUCAGUCUCAGCAACUCUCAGAUGCUUCGCAAACCCCCGCCGCCAUCGAGAAGAGGUUGGAAAGUAUUCCUUUGAUGGUGCAAGGUGUAUGGUCUGAAGAUCCUGCAGCACAAAUAGAAGCAACUACUCAGUUCAGAAAGCUAUUAUCAAUUGAACGUAGCCCUCCAAUAGAUGAAGUGAUCAAAGCAGGUGUAGUCCCUCGGUUUGUGGAGUUUCUUGGAAGGCAAGAUCUGCCUCAACUGCAAUUUGAGGCAGCAUGGGCUUUGACCAAUGUUGCAUCUGGGACAUCAGAGCAUACUCGAGUUGUCAUUGAACAUGGUGCUGUCCCCAAGUUCGUGCUACUUUUGAGCUCUGCCAGUGAUGAUGUCCGUGAGCAGGCGGUAUGGGCUUUGGGUAAUGUUGCUGGUGACUCUCCAAGUUGUAGGGAUCUUGUUCUUGGUAAUGGUGCACUUAUGCCUUUGCUAGCUCAGUUGAAUGAACACUCAAAACUUUCUAUGCUGAGAAAUGCUACAUGGACUCUGUCCAACUUCUGUCGGGGCAAGCCUCCAACACCAUUUGAGCAGGUGAAACCUGCAUUGCCAGUUCUUCGGCAACUUAUUCACUUGAAUGAUGAAGAAGUUUUAACUGAUGCUUGCUGGGCACUCUCUUAUCUUUCUGAUGGCCCAAAUGACAAAAUUCAAGCUGUGAUUGAGGCAGGUGUCUGUCCACGACUUGUGGAGCUUCUGCUUCAUCCAUCGCCUACGGUUCUUAUACCUGCUCUUAGAACAGUGGGAAACAUUGUUACGGGUGAUGACACCCAAACUCAGUUUGUGAUUGAGAACCAUGUCCUCCCUUGUCUCUACCAACUUCUCACACAAAAUCACAAAAAAAGCAUCAAGAAAGAAGCUUGCUGGACAAUUUCAAAUAUCACCGCUGGGAAUAGAAGUCAAAUUCAGGCUGUUAUUGAAGCAAAUAUUAUCCUUCCUCUGGUACACCUUCUUCAACAUGCAGAAUUUGACAUCAAGAAGGAGGCUGCGUGGGCUAUCUCAAAUGCUACCUCUGGAGGAUCUCAUGAUCAGAUUCGAUUCUUGGCGAAUCAAGGUUGCAUUAAGCCACUUUGCGAUCUUCUAAUCUGUCCAGACCCAAGGAUUGUGACUGUGUGCCUUGAGGGGCUUGAGAACAUUUUGAAGGUGGGUGAGGCUGACAAAGAAGGGGGAAUGAACAAUGGAAUUAAUUUAUAUGCACAAACAAUUGAUGAAAGUGAUGGAUUGGAUAAGAUUGAAAAUCUCCAAACCCAUGACAACAACGAGAUCUAUGAGAAGGCUGUGAAGAUCUUAGAGAGAUACUGGGCCGAGGAGGAUGAGGAAGAACAAAUUCUUCAAGACGGAAUCAAUGGAAAUCAACAGGGUUUCAAUUUUGGAAAUGCCCAGCCCAAUCUUCCUCCUGGUGGAUUCAACUUUGGUUAGAAGGGGAAAUUUUGAGUAUGUUUUCGGACUUUGUGAGUAAUGCUAGGGACCAAGAACUCAGACACAGAAAAAUAUCCUAAAAAACAAUGUGGUCUACAUUCAACUGUUGUAUUAUGGAUUCAAUAUUUAGAAUGAAUCUGUACCACACUGUUUUUCUGGGUAUUUUUUUGUGUCUGAUUUCUUGGUUCUACGGGUUUUGUAGGCCUCCUUUUGUUUGAAGGAGUUUUUAAACUUUGUUUUUGUUUUUCUUGUUUCCAACGGUCAGCCAGGAUUUUUGGUCUGGCAGAUAGGUUGAAAUUGUUUCAUGGAACUUUUUGUGAAGUGUAAGGCUUUUUUAACUUGUGGUUUUCAUAGUCAUUUGUAUUUUCUAUAUAUUGAUGUGACGGAAAAUAUAACCAUGAUUUGUUUU